AUGGCUUCGGGCAAACGGGCUCCGCAGCCGCGGGAGCUUUCCCCGUGUCCCGUCCGGGUCCGUCCGGUCCCGGCGGGGCUGAGGCGCAGCAGGGCCGCGUCCAGGGCGCGGGGACCGGGAGAGGCUGCCCCGGCAAGGAGAGCCCCGAGCCCCGAUCCGAGCCCCGAUCCGAGCCCCGAUCCGAGCCGAUCCCGAUCCCGAUCCCGAUCCCGAUCCCGAUCCGGAUCCAGCCCUGCGCCCGACAGCGGGCUUGGAGCGCCACCUAGCGGGCUGUGCCGUUCCGUGCCGUGCCGUGCCGUGCGUUACCGGGGCCGCACCGGGAGGGGCGGGGCCGUGCCGUGCCGGCGGCCGGGCCGUGCCGUCGUGCGGGCAGGGAGCGCGCGAGGCACCGAGCGGAGGGGGCGCUGCGAACGGGAACCGCCGCGGGACGAGGCCGCGGAGGAGCCCGAGGGCGGCGGGCGGCGCUGGGGCGCUCAGCACGCCGGGGCCCGCGAGCUGGCCGAGCUCUACUCUCCAGGAAAGAGACUACAAGAAUGGAUCUCUGUCAUCUUAUGCUUCUCUCUGAUCUGCUUCAAUUUUUACAAUCUCCUCUUCUACCUGCGGCUGGAGCACACGCCCUCGGUUCUCGUUGGGAUUUUUGCAGGAGUUAUUACAGCUGACUUCCUCUCGGGACUGUUCCACUGGGGAGCAGAUACCUGGGGAUCUGUGGAGCUGCCCAUCGUUGGAAAGGCUUUCAUCAGACCCUUUAGGGAACACCAUAUUGACCCCACAGCAAUCACCAGACAUGAUUUCAUAGAGACCAAUGGAGACAACUGCUUCAUGACACUGGUCCCCUUGGCAAACAUGGCAUACAAAUUUGUUUCCUUUUCCCCAGAGGCGCUGUGUGAGAGCUGUCCCUGGGAGUGUUACGUCUUUGCCCUCAUCAUCUUCAUCACCAUGACGAACCAGAUCCACAAGUGGUCCCACACGUACUUUGGCCUUCCACGCUGGGUCGUGUUCCUGCAGGACUGGCACAUCAUCCUGCCCCGCAAGCACCACAGGAUCCACCACGUGUCCCCACACGAGACCUACUUCUGCAUCACCACGGGUUGGCUGAAUUAUCCAUUAGAGAAGAUAAGAUUUUGGAGAUGUUUGGAGAAUAUCAUCCAAGGACUUACUGGGGAGAAGCCAAGAGCAGAUGACAUGAAAUGGGCUCAGAAAAUCAAGUAACUUCUGCCAGCCUUCUGCAAUCCUUAACUUGUUGCCAAUGUUGUUUUUAAAAGAAAAAAAAAAAAUAAAAAAAUAAAGCCAUCAGCCAAAUUCAAGACCUGCAAAGAAAUAACAGACUCUAAAGCACAAACUAAAAAGUGCUAACACAGACUGCAAUGAAAAGAACUAAUUCUUAAAACAAUACUUGAAAUGAAGAUGAUUACUCUCACUGAGCACCUUUUUGUGUAGCCAUGUCUGCUUACACCUUAGAACUUGCUUGGUCGCUGUAUCCGUGAGGUACCGGGCACGCCGGGGGGACGUGGGGCGGAGGAAACGUGUGUUGUAUCAACAUUCCUGAGCCCUUCCCUAACUGCUCGUUGCCUAAGACCCGCAGGGAGAGCGGUGGCAGCUCUGUCACUUGGUGUUGGAGUGCAAGGGGGGAGCGAUGGAAGCCUGUAAAAUCAUGACUGCUCGAUGCACUCGGUGAUGAUCGACGUUCUGCUCUGUCUUCACUAUCAUGUUCAACCUGAUUGAUGUCAUGUGGAACAGACUUGGAGACUCCCCCUCCUCCAGGGGCCACCAAUCCUCAAGUGUCUUCAGUUUCCCUUAAAAUUGUUCUACUCUCCACAUGGAAUUGAGCAGUUUCUGCAUAAGCCUUCAACUUCAGGAGCCUCUGAGGAGAGGGAGGGCACCCUACAACACGUGUGUCUGUUCGUGUGGAGUGCUCACUGCUGAGUCUUCUAUUAAGUGUUUCCUACCCUGACAAUAAAUGUUUGAAAUAGUUCUAGCAUUGGGCACACUGCAAAUAGCUGUAUUCAAGAGCUCAAGGUAUCAAACUCGUAAUGUUAGAAGGGAAAUGUCAAUGACUGGUGUUUUGUUCUUUUUAUUUUUUUUUAAGGUGCUUGCUUGUUUCUGUAAAUAAUAUAAAGCCUUAAUCUCUUCUGGUGUAAUGGAAUAAUAUUUUAAUGUGAUGUUUGAAUGUAUAUAAUAUAUUUAUAACAAAGCAGUUGGAUAAUACUAA